AGCCACACUCCCAUUGGCUGGCUGAGAGGGGCCACUGGGCAGAUAAAAGAGCUGUGCUCGUCGCUCCUGCUUGUACACCACUGCACACUGCUACUGUGUAUGAAGACUGAAAGAGAGGAGGACCCGACCACGACUGUGCCCGACAACUUGUACAAUGGACGCUGCAGAGUUCCGGAGGAGAGGGAAGGAGAUGGUAGACCUGAUAGCAGAUUACCUGGAGAACAUAGAGCAGAGGCCAGUGUACCCUGACGUGCAGCCUGGGUACCUGCGGUCCCUCAUCCCUGAGGAGGCCCCUGAGGAGCCCGACACCUACGAGGACGUGGUCAAAGACAUUGAGAGGGUCAUCAUGCCUGGGGUGACCCACUGGCACAGCCCGUACUUCUAUGCCUACUUCCCCACGGCUAACUCCUUCCCGGCCAUGCUGGCAGACAUGCUGUCUGGAGCUAUUGGUUGCAUCGGAUUCUCCUGGGCUGCCAGCCCGGCGUGUACAGAGUUGGAGACAGUCAUGAUGGACUGGCUGGGGAAGAUGCUCAAGCUGCCAGAGGACUUCAUCGCCGGGACACACGGACAAGGAGGAGGCGUCAUCCAGGGUACGGCCAGUGAGGCGACUCUGGUGGCUCUCCUAGCUGCCCGCUCCAGGGCGGUCAGAAUGAUCCUGGCCAGUGACCCACAGCGUCCAGAAACUGGCAUUACCUCCAAACUGGUGGCCUACUCCUCCGACCAGGCUCAUUGCUCGGUGGAACGAGCAGGUAUGAUUGCCGGAGUGAGGAUGAAGAAGAUUCCAACGGAGCAGUCCGACAAGUACGCUGUCCAGGGAGAGACCCUCCGGAGAAUGAUACAGGAAGACAAGGCUGCAGGACUCAUCCCCUUCUACUUCUGUGCUACUCUUGGGUCCACUCCCUCGUGUGCAUUUGAUCACAUUACUGAACUUGGGCCCAUAUGUAAUGCAGAGAAAAUCUGGAUGCACAUUGAUGCUGCAUAUGCUGGGAGUUCCUUUAUUUGUCCUGAAUUCAGACCCCUGUUGAACGGCAUUGAGUUUGCAGACUCAUUCAAUUUCAACCCACACAAAUGGUUGUUAGUCAACUUUGACUGCUCUACAAUGUGGGUGAGGAAAAGAUCUGAUCUCAUUGGGGCCUUCAAGAUGGAUCCUCUAUACCUGAAACAUGAUCAUCAAGAGUCAGGGCUGGUCACAGAUUACAGGCACUGGCAGAUUCCACUGGGCCGAAGGUUCCGCUCUCUCAAGAUGUGGUUUGUGUUCCGGAUGUAUGGGGUCAAAGGCAUUCAGGACUACAUCCGUAAGCAUGUGGAGUUGGCCAAAGAGUUUGAGAGCCUGGUUCGCGCUGACCAACGCUUUGAGAUCAGCGCAGACGUUGUCUUGGGGCUGGUCUGCUUUAGACUAAAGGGCUCCAACGAGGUGAACGAGACCUUGCUGAAGAGGAUCAACAAUGGCAGGAAGAUCCACCUGGUGCCGUGCCUGCUGUCUGGUCAGUUUGUGCUGCGCUUCGCCGUCUGCGCCCGCACUACCGAGUCACGUCACAUCCGCGAGGCCUGGCGACUCAUCACACAGCUGGCCGAAGAGGUCAUGCAGGAGCUGCCCUACUGACCAUCCACAUGGACUAGACAGGCUGGGUUGGACCAGGAGCUGUAAGUAAUCAAGUAUUUCAGAGUAAGAGUGCAGGUCUAGGAUCAGGUCCCCCCCCCCUGUCCAUUCAUUAAAAUAUAAAAUACUAAAUUGAUCCUAGAAGCGGACCUUAGAUCAGCACUCCUACUCUGAGAUGCUUGAUGAAUAAGGGCCCUAACCCCACCUGACCAUGGAUGGUAUUCAAAAAGUGUCUCAGAGUAGGAGUGUCCAUGUUAUCUUAUUUCUUGUGAAGUAAAAGGCUAAAGUGAUCCUAGUUCAGCACUCCUACUCUGAGAUGCUUGAUGAAUACAGGUCUGGAUCUCACUCAAUGGAGGCUGCUGAAGGGAGGACGGCUCAUAAUAAUGGCUGAAACGGAGCGACUGGAAUGGCAUCAAACCAUGUGUUUGAUACCAUUCCACCGAUUCCGCUCCAGUCAUUACCACAAGCCCAUCCUCCCUAAUUGAGGUGGCACCAACCUCCUGUGAUCUCACGACAUCAGCAUACUGUAACUGCAGCCCUUUCUCUUUGCUGUCUCAUCCCAUGUGUGUAUUUAUAUGUGUGGUUGUAUGUGAAUCAGUGAAUUUGUGUUGGUGAGUGUGAAUAAAUUCAAGGUGCGUAUGUGAGUGAAGCAAAUCAUAUCCAGAUGUUAAGGUUUUGCCUCAUAGGUUACUGUAGUGUAGGGUUUACUGACAAUACUCAAGCAUGUGUUCUAUGUAAAAACAGACUGACUGAGUUCUGCUCUGACUCCACACCAGUAUGCUAAAUGAGAGAGGCCAGGCUAGAGACGGGCACCACUCCCCUCAGGGCUCUGUGUAUGCCCCACCUGCUCCUACAACCCCUCUCCACCCUCACCUACCCUGCCAUGUCCCUUCUCAACCAACUGUUCAUCCAAAUCACUUUAGAGAAGGGUCAGCAUGCUAAAAAUACAGGCAAGGACUUAGUAUGUGGGGCUUUAUCCUGCCUGAGGUUUAUCCAGGCUCUGGUCACUCAGCUGUGUUUACCUGCUCUAGUGGAGUGAUUAGUAGAGGUAUUCAAUUCAGUACAACAUUAUUUAUCCCCUUAGGGGCAUAUUGAUUUAAACAUUGGGAUAUUGUAGGUCCCUAAAACAAGAUUAUGCACAUUAUACAUAUUCACAAUUCAAAACAUUUAAGAGUCAGAAAACAUUGUAUGGUUUGGCACCAUUAUACAGUAAGUAGAGAUAGAAACAGUUAGUAUCCCACAAGGUUUAAGCUGUUCACUGUUUUCAUGAAGCCAAAAAAAUUAACAGCAUGUUGAGAUUUUGCCAAAGAGAGAAACAGGUAUCUUAUACCAGAGACACAGGUAUCUUAUACCAGAGACACAGGUAUCGUAUACAAGAGACACAGGUAUCGAAUACAAGAGACACAGGUAUCUUAUACAAGAGACACGGGAAUCUUAUACCAGAGACACAGGUAUCUUAUACCAGAAAAACAGGUAUCUUAUACCAGAGACACAGGUAUCUUAUACAAGAGACACAGGUAUCUUAUACAAGAGACACAGGAAUCUUAUACCAGAGACACAGGUAUCUUAUACCAGAAAAACAGGUAUCUUAUACCAGAGACACAGGUAUCUUAUACCAGAGACACAGGUAUCUUAUACAAGAGACACAGGUAUCUUAUACCAGAUAAAUGGGUAGCCUAUAUCAGAGUUGUGGCCAUUACCAUUUCAAUUCAGUCAAUUCUGAAAGUAAACUAAAAUUCUAAUUCCAAAAUGUUCUCAUAGAGAAACAUUGAGCAAAAAUGUUUAACUCCCUAAUCGACUGAAUAGAAAAGGAAUUGAGCCCAACCCUGUUGCAUAAGCAGUUUUGUCCUGAACAUCAUAAUAACCCAUGAGACACAUAAGAGCUCUUAUGGGAGCAUCAGUUAAAACACUUACUGUAAGCUUUUGCCCUGCAUGAAUAAAAUAUACAGACAACAGUUAAUGUCUCAGUUGAUCUGAAGAGACACAAAAACAAUAUGUACCUAGCUUCACUUAAUGCCCUCAGCAGUAGCAGUGAGCCAAGGAGGAAUUGACUUGAGAGGGUCUCUCCUUAAGAAGGUAAUAUGAAUGUGUUUCAAAUGUGUACUCUACUGUAUGCACAUCAUAUGAUGGUUAUGUUGGGCUGUUGGAUAAACAAACCAGUUUAAAUGAGAUUAGACCUUUAAGCUGCGAUUCCCAGCAUGUCAUGGAGUCACUCAAAAUAAAUUAACUAAGUAAUCGAGAGAUAAAAUAUCCCUGUCCCUGGUUUGAUUCACAAGUCAAGUGUGCCUUUUGAAUGAGGGAUGGAGGGGUGUGUGUGUGUAGAAUAUGUGUAGUUGUGUCUUUUUGUCUCUUUUGUGUCUGUGUUUUCUUGAUAUAACCAGCAGUGGGCUGACUGCUUCAGUCUCACACUGGGGGGAAAUUGUAUUGUUAACUUGAUCAUCUCUUACCUGGCGAUAAGGUGGUAGUGCAAUGUUUUUUGAAGGAGGAAAACCUUAAGCAUAGCUAUAUUUUAUAUGCUUUGAGUGGCUUUGUGGCUUCCUGCUACUGAUCUGCCUCGUGGCAUCAUUGUACUGUCCUCUUUACACAACCAAAUAAAUGUGUUGCGAUGUG